CUCGGGCCCAGGCUCAGGCCCAGGCCUGGCGUGCGCGGCCGCAGCGGGGACGGCAGCUCGGGAAGCGCCGGCCAGCGGCCCUGCAGGCCCCGAGCGGCCGCCGGGGGGCCUCGGGGACCCAGGGGGCGCGGCGACCGGCUCCGGCGCGCGCCCGCCGCCCCUCCCCCUCGCCGCGGGCGGCCGCGCAACUUGCGGCUAAACUUUCCCCCCGGCCUCCCGCGCCCGAAUGGCGGCCCGCUAAGUUGGCCGUAGCACCCAGCCGAGCGGCGGCCAGGCCAGAGGGCGCCCCCUGCGCAGCCCGGGCCGGGCCAUGGCCCGCGCGCCCCCGCCGGGGCCCCAGGGCGGCGGGGCGCGAGUCCCCGGGGCCCCCGGCCCGCGCCUCUAGCGCGCCCCCCCCGACCCCGGGCCCGGCCCCGCGCACGCGUGGGAAAGUUGGCCUGGAACCGGCCCGACCAGUUCCGCCCGGGCGCGCGGACCGGUCGCAGGAAGUUGCUGCAAAACUUUUUUGGGGGGUGCAGUCGGUGUCCCCCGCGCGCCAGGGUCGGAUGCGCACCGGGUAGAGUCCCCCGGGCCGACAGGGGUGCCCGGCGGGAGGAGCGCGGAGGGGGCGCCCCGGCCCCGCUGCCCUGGGGCUAUGGCCAUGGUGACCGGCGGCUGGGGCGGCCCCGGCGGCGGCGGCGGCGGCGGCGGCGACACGAACGGUGUGGACAAGGCAGGCGGCUACCCGCGCGCAGCCGAGGAAGACUCGGCCUCACCCCCCGGCGCCGCCAGCGACGCGGAACCGGGCGACGAGGAGCGGCCGGGGCUGCAGGUGGACUGCGUGGUGUGCGGGGACAAGUCGAGCGGCAAACACUACGGCGUCUUCACCUGCGAGGGCUGCAAGAGCUUCUUCAAGCGGAGCAUCCGCCGCAACCUCAGCUACACCUGCCGGUCCAACCGGGACUGCCAGAUUGACCAGCAUCACCGUAACCAGUGCCAAUACUGCCGCCUCAAGAAGUGUUUCCGGGUGGGCAUGAGGAAGGAGGCGGUCCAGCGUGGCCGCAUCCCGCACUCGCUGCCGGGCGCUGUGGCUGCCUCCUCGGGCAGCCCCCCGGGCUCUGUGCUGGCUGCAGCGGUGGCAGGUGGGGACCUCUUCCCAGGGCAGCCUGUGUCGGAGCUGAUCGCGCAGCUGCUGCGCGCCGAGCCCUACCCCGCAGCAGCGGGGCGCUUUGGCGCGGGCAGCGGUUCCUCGGGCGCAGUGUUGGGAAUCGACAACGUGUGUGAGCUGGCUGCGCGGCUGCUGUUCAGCACAGUGGAGUGGGCUCGCCACGCGCCCUUCUUCCCUGACCUGCCGGUGGCCGACCAGGUGGCGCUACUGCGCCUGAGCUGGAGCGAGCUGUUCGUGCUGAACGCCGCGCAGGCGGCGCUGCCCCUGCACACGGCGCCGCUGCUGGCCGCAGCUGGUCUGCACGCCGCGCCCAUGGCCGCUGAGCGCGCCGUGGCCUUCAUGGAUCAGGUGCGUGCCUUCCAGGAGCAGGUGGACAAGCUGGGCCGCCUGCAGGUCGACUCCGCUGAGUACGGCUGCCUCAAGGCCAUCGCGCUGUUCACACCUGACGCCUGUGGCCUUUCAGACCCAGCGCAUGUGGAGAGCCUGCAGGAGAAGGCGCAGGUGGCCCUCACCGAGUACGUACGGGCCCAGUACCCGUCCCAGCCCCAGCGCUUCGGGCGCCUGCUGCUGCGGCUCCCUGCCCUGCGUGCAGUCCCUGCCUCCCUCAUCUCCCAGCUGUUCUUCAUGCGCCUAGUGGGCAAGACGCCCAUCGAGACACUGAUCCGAGACAUGCUGCUGUCCGGAAGUACCUUCAACUGGCCCUACGGCUCGGGCCAGUGACUGGAUAGGACCGAGGGCACCUUGGCCCGGUCUGCAGACCUCAAGGGAUAUGGCUGCUUGAGCCUCAGGGGAGAUCCCCAGACAGAGGACCCCAGCCUCUCUCCUCAGACUCCUAUUUUUUAAAGACUGUGAAAUGUUUGUCUUUUCUGUUUUUUAAAUGAUAAUGAAACCAAAAAGUUGACUGAUCGUCCAGGCUCCAGCCUCGUCCUCCCAAGAAACCCCUGGCCAAGGUGGAGGGAGGGACUGAGGUUCCAAUCCUGAGACAGUCGUGUCCCUCAGCACCUCAGGCAUGAACUUGUGGGAUGGUGGGGUUGGCUUCCCUGGUGUGAUGGACAGAGGCCUGGCACCUGGACUGGAGGGGCAGCCACAGCCAGGCAGGGGUCGUGUGCAUCAGGUGGCUUCCUCUGGACACGUGAUCCAUGUUGGACACUACACGGUUAAUGAAUCAAGGCCAAUUAAUAAAGGUGUUUCCUA